UAUAAUUCGAGGAAAUGGCUGAAAAUUCGGGAGAACAGGGAACAUUGGUUGCAUUCCGUGAGCUACAGAGCAUAGACCAAAAAGAUAUUGUUAUCCUUAUCGAUGUUGCGUCGGCGUUAAAAAGCUGCAGCGAAUGCAUAAGGAAUAACACCGUCAAGACUGUGGAUGUGUUGACACUAUGGCUUAAAAAAGUACUCAGGGCAUAUAUUGAUGAAGCGGCUCGCUGCGUCACUGCUUUUAAACAAAUGUGCGAUUGGUUUCAGAUGAUGAAAUCGUCGACUGAUGUCGAUUGCAGCGAUCUGAUCACCGUACUUACGGAGGCUCUGAAAUUUACAACAGCGUCCAAGGAACCGUUGCUGAAGGCGGGUGAACGUCUAGUACACGCUGCCGCCUUUUUCCUAUUUUCCAUUGUGCACGGCUAUCUUAGUGAAAGUGAAAGUAGCUCCAAGCGCAAUGUCCUAAAGGAACAUGUUCCAAAUGCCAUCGGCCUACACUUAGCUGUGCUUUCCAUGCUGACAGACACCACCGCCAGUGCAAGGAAAGUGAAUGCGCGUAUAACACCCCUGAUCCAACAGAUGAACGAAAUUUCUGGUUUCCUAAGCGCUAAGAUAACCCAUCUGCAGGCAUUUAUAAAAACAAGCGAAACGAUGACCUAUAUUUGCCUGCACUACAUGCAAAAUGCUGAUCGUGGCCAAUGGGAAGCUGGGACUAUGCCUGAUUGGCUCAAGGAAACCGUCUUGCAUCUGUGCGACACGGUUCUCAACCAAAUGGAAACAAUCCAAAAGAAAGAUGCACUAACUGUGCCCUUGGAAAAGGUGGAAGAGUAUCUGCGAGUAACGCACACAUAUUUAUUAAUGCUGUACGAACUUAUUAAGACUAAGUGGAAGCAUGUUGACGAAUCUAUUUCGGAAGCCCUUAUUGAUUUGCUAAUGAGUGUCUCAUCGACUCAAGAUCUUGGCGAAAAUAUUUCAUUACUUAUAUCUAAAUAUAUACGACCGGGCUUACUGAAAAUCUUUGAGAUGGCCUAUCCAUUGGAGGACUUUCAAAAGCGACUUGUUUCUUUACUUAUCGACCCAGAGGAAGCAGAAAAUUACUUUUUUGAUAUUUGCUUUGAUUUUGUAGGUGUUGUCACAGUAGACAAUGCAGCUCUGACGCCUUAUACCUGUCAAACAUUGCAGAAAAUAUUUGAAUACAUAUUUAGAGACGCCUCUCAUUUUGUCAACGCUGACCAUUACGAACGAGCAAUUGAAGCCUUUGCCAGCCUAAUGUACUUGGCAGAAUGUGAGGAAUUAGACAACUACUUUUGCACUGGUGUGUUUCAAGAGGAUCCCGUCACAUCACAAGUCUGUGCAGAUAUACUAAUGCUCUCGUUUCGGUUGGUUGAGGCAAAUCCUGGCUGGAACAGAAACACGCUAAUCCAGGCUACUAAUUACUGGAAAGAGUGCAACAACUCGUAUGCGAUGUUCUCACAUAGCCCGAAUCAGUGGCAUGUGCAGCGCUUCUUUAAGUAUUUCCAUGGCAUCGGAAAACAUGAGCCUCCACCAUUUACUGCUCAGAAUUUUCGGUAUCUCCGUGCUGUUGCACCUGUAAAUAACAGAUAUGUGGAAACUCUACUGGAGCGGUUGCAGCUCAUAGGCAAUGGUGCACAAAGUAAAAUAGAGCUGUACUAUGAAGUGGUUGCUAUCAUGGAGCUAUUGGCGCACCAAAAGAAGACGGAUCUUUCAAAAUGGCUUCAACAGACAUAUGAAUUCGUCAGGGAGCUACUCAAGGACGAAAAGUGCGAUACAUUCACCAGUGUAUAUUUCCAGCUGGUGGGCCAUUCUAGCCCAUCCGCACAGCUGCAACUAUUACGGGGACUGGCUCCUGUUGUCGGACACUGCAACUGGCAUAUCCAGAAGUUUCUACAUGCCUGCAAGGGCAGCGAUGAUGCACAGCUGAGGGCAUUCAGUGCACGCCACUCCAUAGAUAAAAUAGUGCUACCCCUGUUGGAAGCAGUGCAGCAGAAACCAUCGCCUGGGACCACCGCUGCGGACAGACAGUGUAAAUUGCUGACUAAAUCGAGCUAUAAGCGCGAUACGGCGCACGUCUGUAAAGUGCAGUGUCUGAAGCGUAAGCGGGCUGAGAGCACACCCAAGGAAAUAAUAAGGGAACUCCACGACAGUUCCCUACAGCUGGUUCAGAGUGCAGUCGGUCUGGAUGCUGCGGAUAAAGAGCAGGUAAAAAAAGUCAUCGACAGCUUGUGUAACAUUCUGAAAAGAGUAGAUUGUAUUGUUUAAAUCGUUGAAUAUU